AUCCCUACCCAGAAUAAGUUAAUCUCGAAGUCCAAACAUCAGCGUUAUGUAAACAAGGUUGAACAGCCGAAAAUUCAGUGAUUGUGAUGCUGUUCAGUAAUUCUUACAUCAACACCCACCCUGGUUUUUUCACUUUAGACCGCUGUUCUCCUUAAUAUCAUUUUGAUAACGAGUGAAUGUUGGGGAGAUAUUUAGCGUAUUCUGUUGAAAAUGGUGUUAGUAUUAGCAAUAGGAGACCUUCACAUUCCUCACAGGGCAUCUGAUCUCCCACCAAAGUUCAAAUCCAUGCUUGUUCCUGGCAAGAUUCAGCACAUCAUUUGCACUGGCAAUCUCUCCAUUAAGGAAGUCCAUGAUUAUUUGAAGAGUCUGUGUCCUGAUUUGCAUAUCACUCGAGGUGAAUAUGAUGAAGAUUCACGUUAUCCAGAAACUAAGACACUCACUAUUGGUCAAUUCAAACUUGGCAUAUGUCAUGGUCAUCAGGUGGUUCCCUGGGGUGACUUAGAUUCGUUGGCAAUGCUACAGAGGCAAUUGGAUGUAGACAUCCUUGUCACUGGCCAUACUCAUCAGUUCAAAGCCUACAAACACGAGGGCGGUGUUGUCAUAAAUCCUGGAUCUGCUACUGGUGCUUAUAGUAGUUUCACAUAUGAUGUUAACCCAAGCUUCGUACUCAUGGACAUUGAUGGUUUGCGUGUUGUGGUUUACGUAUAUGAACUAAUUGAUGGCGAGGUAAAGGUUGAUAAAAUUGAUUUUAAGAAGACAGCAACUACUCCGCGUUCAUGAACUAUCUGAUGGAGAAGGAUGACAAUGGAUUUUAAGAAGACAGCAAUUACUCGAUUGACAGACUGGUGCAAUUUUGUGAUGAUGCCAACUUCAUUCCUUUGUUUCUUUUGUGUAGAUCGAAGCUUUAUUUUUAAUGAAAUUCAGAAUUUUCCUAUGUAGUUUUGAUUGAUGCAAAAAUAAUAAAUUGGGAUGAGUAAUUUAGAGUUCUUUUGGGUACAUAUCUUUGUUGUCUGAAUUUCUAUGUCAUGGUGCUACAUUGCUCAUGUAGGGACGUGUUCAAGGGUUUGAUAAACGAAAAACAAUAUUAUUUUGAUCGAAGUUCAUAAGCUUCAAUUGAUAUAUUAUGAUGAUGGUUUGUGACUGAA